GUCACCGUUCGUGUUAGGCGACGUCGAGCACGUGCUCUGCCACUCCCCUUACAACAAGCUGGUGCAGAAAUCGUUCGCGAGGAUGGCGUUCUCCGACGCGAGACGCCUCAAGGGGACAGGGAAACCCCUGGGGGAGGGGCAGGAGGAGGCGCUGGGGAAGUGGCUCGACGUGCCCGCCGAGGAGACGUACGACGACCGCGAUCUUGAGAAAGCCCUCAAGACGUUUGCCGGGGUGUCCUCGGAGGCUUACCGGAACAAGGUCGAGCCGGGGUGCCGCCUCAGCAAGCAGAUCGGCAACACCUACACCGCCUCGGUGUUCGCCAACAUCGUGUGCCUGGUGUGCGCCCGCGGGGCGGCGCUGGAGGGGGAAACCGCGCUCGUGUUCUCGUACGGUAGCGGCGCCGUGGCCACCAUGUACGAGCUGCACUUCCGAGAGACUACCGCUGCGACAGCGACCGCCGCAGCAGCGGCCACGCCCACCUUCAGCGUCGCCAAGAUAGCGGAAGCGGUGGGCCUGCCGGAGCGACUGGCCGAUCGCGAGCGCUUGCCGCCGGCGGAGCUUGACGCCGCGCUCGCAGCGCGGUCCCACGCCCACGCUCUCGCGUCCUCUUCUUCGCCUUCCGCGGGAGGAGGAGCAGGGGGGGGUAGCUUUGCAUUUGUCCCCGAAUUUCCGUUAGAUAGGCUUUUCCCGGGGGUGUUCUACUUGAAAGGGAUCGGUGGCGAUGGGGUGAGGGGGUACGGUAGGCGGGAUAAGGAGGCGCCGCGGGCGCGGGGCGGGGGGGCUCUCGCUCCGUCCCUUGUUAAAAAGGAGGAGACUUUGGGGGCUGGGGAUAGGGAGGAGGUUGCGACGACGGCGACAAUGGGAAGCAGGACGGAGACGAGCAACAGCGGCGAGGACGACGAGGAGGAAGAGAAGGCGCGACCGGUGGCAAACGGAGCCGUGCUCGCAGAAGCCCCUUCUUCGGACAGCAGCCUCGCGAAUGGGGCCGCCAAAGUUGCUUCUCCGGCGGCGGCGGCGGUGGCGGGCGGUAGCAAGAAGACCGUUCUUGCCGCGGAGGAGGCGGCGGCGGCGGCCACGUCCCCGGCUGCUGGCGGCAAGCUGGGCGCGCUGCUGCUGCCGAGGGUGGUCGUGACCGGCGUGGCGUGCGGGCUCCCCGGGCAGGAGGAGGUAUUCGAGAGGGACAACCUGGCGAGGCUGCUGGCGGGGCAGGGUUGCGUGAAGAGGCUGAGCGCCGGGAGCACCGCGGCCUUGGUGGAGAAGAACGUCGUGCAGGUCAAGAGGCAGCCGGGCGGCCAGCCCCCCCUGCGCAUCCCGAUCUCCAAGCCGAGCCAGACGAUCAAGCUCGCCGCCACGAUGGGCGACCUCGACAUGGCCCUCUAUGGCGUGUCCCCCAGCAUCGCGGCCACCAUGGACAAGGCCGUCAAGGUGGCUGUGGUGGCCGGCCUGGAGGCCCUGAAAGACGCGGGCAUUGUUACUGGGGAGGGGGAGGGGGGCUGGAUGCUCCCGGGGCACAUGCGUGACACCACCGGCGUCAUGUACGCCUCCAGUUUCCCCGCCUUGGAUGCCGCCAUCGGAGAGGUGAUGAGAUUCCUUCGCAGUCGAUGCAUCACCCGGGCUAAGAAGGGACAGCUGGUGGCGGCCCUGAGGGAGAGGCUGUCGGCCGUAUCGCCGAACGGAAAGGUUUCCGACGAGGACGAGGAGGCCCUCAAGGGGCUUGAGAAUGCGAUGCUCACCAAGAGCACGGUCGAUCUUCGCUCCCUCGCAACCGCACGCGAAGAGGAACCCAUCCACUACGAGUUCGACCGCAAGUUCCUCUUCAGAGUUCUGGUCCUGGGCAACGCUCAGCUGGCUCAGAUGGUCGGGGCCCGUGGGCCGAACAUGCAGACGAACGCGGCGUGCGCUGGCUCCACCCUCGCCGUCGCCAUGGCCCAGGACAUGAUCCAGAUCGGGCGGUGCGAGCGCAUGGUGGUGAUCGCGGGCGACGAUGCCUCUGGGGAGGUCCUCCUGCCGUGGAUCGGGAACGGCUUCCGCGCCCUCGGGGCCUCGAGCAUCGCCGCGGACCCCUCCGACGCCGCGUUGCCCUUCGACGCCAGGCGGAACGGGAUGCUACUUGGGGCCGGCGGUAUCGGAAUGGUGUUGGAGACGGAGGGGGCCGCCGCUCGGAGACACUGCGAGGCGGUCGGAAUCCGAGCUUCACAACCUACGCCGCCGCCGUCCACCAACGGGGUGAUGAAGGCGAGGUUGCUUGAGACCCAGAUCUCCAACUCGGCCUACCACGGGGCCUCCAUGGACAAGCACCACAUCGCCAUCGAGCUAGAGCGGUUCCUCGUGGCCAUGGAGCGGAACUGGGGCAUCAGCCGGGAUGCAAUAGCCGAGUCGGGGGUGUACUUCUCCCACGAGACCUGCACACACGCUACCCCCACCGCCUCCUGCGCCUUCAACGAGGUGUGGGCCUUGCGGCAGUGCUUCGGGGAGGAGCUGCUCUCUCGACUCGUCAUCAUCAACACCAAGGGGUUCACCGGUCAUCCUAUGGGCGUCUCCUUCGAGGACGUGGCAGCAGUGGAGGUCCUUCAUCGCGGUAUCAUCCCGCCGACAGCCAACAACCCUGCGGUCGAUCCCUCGUUGGGGAAGCUUCGGCUAAGUCAAGGGGGAGCCUAUGCCGCCAAGUACGCGAUGCGGUUCGCGGCCGGCUUCGGUAGCCAGGUGGCGUUCGCGCUGUACGCCGCCGUCGAUUCCGUUGACGUCGUCGCGCAGAGCUGAUGCGUUCGCCCGACCCCCUCCAAGAAGCAGGUCAAAUUCAAGAGGGGUUCCGGCGCUUUUGGUCUCGCUCUAGCUAAUUCGGGAAGGUGCACACAGGAAUUUAUUUUAUUGCGUACCUUAGCUGUUUGUGGACGAAGGGUGUGAGACCUGUAACAGGUGUUGCUUUGUUGGUGUCCUUGACUGACGCUCUGGUUGGUCUCUAGGUUUGGCGCCGCCACUGGCCUUGUGCCAGCACCGCGGUAUGUAUGCGCCACAUCAUGCGGUGGUGACUCGAGGAGACGGGGUAGUUCACCUGACGAUUUCAGGAGCACGGGGGUGACGUUCACCAUUCCACUUUUGUACAAGACGCGUGUCAUCGAGAGCACGAACUGACCACGUGCCGCAGGUCUGCCCUUUCCGUUUAAUGAAGUGGUUCGAACGAGAAAUGUUGCCGGUGGCAAGCCAGGGUCGGAAUCAGAGAGCGAGCGGAGAGUUGGCCCCUCUGACCAUCCCUACAGUACGUACCAAGACUUUCCAUCGGUGCCUCCUCGGUUGGUAUUCCACAGGACGAGCAGCAGCUGGUUGGUUCCGCAUGGGAAUGCCCUG